CACCUCCGCUCGGCCAAUCGGGGCGCCGCGCCGGCGUCACGUGAGAGGGGCGCAGGGCGGCUUCACGUCACGGCGGCGGCGGCUGAGGCGGCGGGAGGGGGGGGAAGAAGCCGGAGCCGCCAUGGAUCAGUCCGGGAAGGAGAAGGAGGCGCUGCAGCUCCUGGCCGAGGCCGACAAGAAGGUCCGCGGCUCCCAGUCCUUCUUCGCCGGGCUCUUCGGGGGCUCCUCCAGGAUCGAGGAAGCAUGCGACAUUUACGCCCGAGCGGCCAAUAUGUUCAAAAUGGCCAAAAAUUGGAGCGCUGCUGGGAAUGCCUUUUGCCAGGCGGCCCAGCUCCACCUCCAGCUCCAGAGCAAACACGACGCCGCCACCAACUUCGUGGACGCCGGCAACGCCUUCAAAAAAGCUGAUCCCCAAGAAGCCAUCAACUGCUUGAUCCGAGCCAUCGAGAUCUACACGGACAUGGGUCGCUUCACCAUCGCCGCGAAGCACCACAUAUCGAUAGCUGAGAUCUACGAGACGGAGCUGGUGGACAUCGAGAAGGCCAUUGCCCACUACGAGCAGGCGGCCGACUACUACAAAGGGGAGGAGUCCAACAGGUAAGGGUUGCCCCCCAAGGGGGG